AUGCUUUGUUUUUCAGGUUACACCGGCCAGCUCACGACGCGCUACCUUUCGACGCAUCCGCAGCGGGCGGAAUUCACGUUUGCUGUCGGCGCUCGGUCUCGGGAGAAGCUCGAGAAGCUCGCUAAGGAUUUGAACUUGGGCGACGACGUCGAGCUUGUGCAGGUGGACGUGACGAAUGCCGACGACGUCGAGAGGGCGGUCGCGAACGCGAAGGUUGUGGUGAACACCGUCGGACCGUACUGGCGAUGGGGCACGAACGUUGUGAAAGCCUGCGCGAAACUGGGGAAGGGGUACCUCGACCUGAGCGGCGAGGGUCACUGGGUCGCGCGCAUGAUCUGGCACUACGACUACCUCGCAACCAAGACCGGCGCCGUGAUUGUCCCCGCAUGCGGGCUCGACUCUGUGCCCUCGGACAUAGCGGCUUUCCUCGCAAACAAGACGCUUAAAGCGCUGGCGGGGCUAGAGAGCACGAUCGAGCGGACGGAUACGGCGGUGGAAGUCAAGGGCACGGUCUCGGGCGGCACGCUUAACACCAUCAUGACCGUUCUCGAGGAGGUCCCCAAACACGAGCUUGCUCAUGGAACACGAGCUUAUGCUCUCAGUCCAGGCUUAACCGGUCGCCCCAACCCCCCUCUGCGUCUCCUCUACACCCUUCCCGCCUCCUCUCCCCGGGUAUAUGGCUCCUUCUUCGUCAUGGCUCCCACCAACCGACAGAUCGUCCAGCGCACCUGGGGCCUGCACCAGCUCGCCGCGCUCCGGGGAGGACCUAAAGAGAAAGCGCUCGCGUACGGGCCGGACUUCACGUACGACGAGUUCCUGGCAACACCGAGUGCCUUGGGUGCGGUGCUGAUGUCCGCGGCCUUUGCGGUGUUUGGCCUCGCGCUGCUGCUGCCGCCUGUUAGAUGGAUUUUGAAGAAGAUCAGGCCGCCCGGCACGGGCGGGAGCUACGAAUCUCUUGAGAACGGUCACAUGACGUAUACUUCUAUUACCACGUCCAGCCCCGACUCUGCGGGCAAGCAGACGUAUGUACGAACCAGCCAACGCGGGCGAGGCGAUCCCGGGUACCUCCUCACCAGCAUGAUGAUCGCAGAGGGCGCCCUGGCACUAGUCCUCGACAAGAAAGACCUCCCCGCGUUAGCGCAGCAGGGCGGGAUCCUGACCCCCAUGAGCGCGCUCGGAGACGUCUUGAUCAGGAGGCUGGAGGGCACCGGGAGGUUUGAGUUUGAGAGCGAGGUGGUGCUGGCACCAAAUGAGGAGAGCCGUAAGACGCGAUAACGCGUGGCCUGGCUUAAGGUGGGCCUUGCGAUGUAAACGUUUUUCGUAGAUGACACAAUGCUUGUUGGAUAGGUUUGUGGCUGUUUCGCAUGUAUACGCACCCCUUGGACACUUGCAUAAUUUAUAGGAUCGUGAAUACAUGUGCUACUCAUCAGAUUACUUAUGACA